CUUAACCACCUUUCUGAUACUCAAAUCCGAUCGAUUCGACCGCCGUCAUGGACACCGAAACCCAAACCGAGUCCAGCGACCACCUUCCUAUCCUCACAGCCGUCUCAAGUUCCGCUCGUCAACUCUACCUCCUCCUUCGCUGCAUCAACUUCGCCGACAAAGCACACGUACAAAUCAGUGAGGAAGGUCUCAAAUUCUCUGUCGAUGAAGCAAGCGUCAUGGAAGGCUCUGCCUUCCUUUCGAAAGCCCUUUUCACAUCCUACACUUUCCGCGCACCGCUGCCAGAUACCAAUGCACCUGCCCCCGACUCCGACGACGAAGACGGCGAAGAUCCCACCGCCGACAUGCCGACCUUCCAGAUCUCGCUUCCCUCCCUUCUCGAAACGCUUCAGAUCUUCGGCUUGACCGAUCCUUCUACCUCUGGCAAACCUCCAUGGUCGCGCUCCGACCCCACCUCUACCGCCUUUUCCAACAACGUGCUCGGCAUGAACAACCUGUGCCGCAUCGUAUACACCGAGGUCGGCGCUCCACUCACCAUCAUCCUGACGGAAUCCACAAUCCGCACAAGUUGCGACUUAACAACCUAUGAAACUGCCUUCAACGAUGAGAUCCCGUUCGACAGAUCUGCGCUCGCGUUCAAGACUAUUAUGCGCGGCAACUGGCUCGGCGACGCCAUUGCGGAACUCUCUUCCACCGCGCCAGAGAAACUAACCCUCUGGGCGCGCAUCAAAAGGAACAAGCCAUACUUCGCGCUUUCCUCGUCGGGCACCCUCGGAUCCGCACGCGUCGAGUUUAACAACGAUGAUCAUACGGGCAGUACCAGGAACCCACCACAGACAUACACGAUGCCCGACCCAGCAGCACCAGAUGCUACAUCUUCGACAUCCGCACAACCCCAGCCGUCUGUCCUGGAAACCUUCCAGCUGGGUGAUCCCACCGCCCCUCUCCGUGCCUCGUAUAAGUUUGCGCUCAUUCAACGCGCCGCGCGUGCAGCGAGUGUAGCCACAAAGGUCAGCAUACGUAUCGAUGACCAGGGUGUUCUCAGUCUGCAAUUCAUGAUUGACGUGGAGCCGAAUUCUGGGAAGGUUAGCUUUGUGGAUUUCCGGUUCGUGCCGUUGGUUGAGGACGAUGAUGAAGAGGGCGAGGAAGAAGGGGACGAGGGUGGAGCUGAAGAUACCUUGAUCGGAUGGAUGGAGCACUGACGCAUAACUGGGUGAGGGGGUUUAUAUUACUGUAUGGAUCCCGAAAUUCGAACCCACAAAUCCUCGGGAUGGUUCAUAAACCGGGAGAAACGCCCACGCACGCCAAAGGAAAAGAAAAUGUAAAGGGGAGAUUGAGGGGAAAACGCCCUUCGUCAUUGCUAUGGGGAGGGUGGCUUUCGAUGGCGAAAGGAGAUAUUCAAGUCCACUACUCCCAAAAUAGUCGAGAAACCG